AUGUCGAAACCCUUCCGCAAAGUUCACCGAGUAUUUUCUCGUAUCUCACGAAGUGAACCUGAAUCGCCACUCAAGGAAUCUAUUUCUGAUUCUAGUCCGGGAUGUAAUGCGAAGUAUGGUCUAUUUGUAUUCGUAGACAAACCUUCAGAGCAGGUCGAUGGAAUCGAUAUUGUGGCAGUACAUGGCCUGAAUGGACACUACAUCAAGACUUGGAGCACAGAACUUCCGGACUCAGGCCAACAUUAUAACUGGCUUCAAGCAGCUCUUACGCAGGCGAUUCCUACCGCAAGAAUCAUGUCCUUUGGCUACGACUCUGCUGUUUUUAGCAAGUCUGUCGCUGAUAUUGGCGACUUCGCCGACCAACUCCUCCAAGGACUAUUAGCUAAGAGAUGUAACCCAGGAGAACAAACUCGGCCACUUCUCUUCCUUUGCCAUAGCCUCGGAGGGAUUGUUUUCAAGAAGGCUCUAGUUCGUGCCCACGAACGUAACCACUAUACGAAACUUCUAGACUAUGUCCAAGGGGUCGCCUUUUUCGGCACUCCUCACCAAGGGUCAGAGGCUGCAAAUUGGGCUAAAAUAUUGGCUAGCAUACUCAACGCCGUAUCUUUUAAUUCGAACAUGAAUAGCAUACUUCUAGAGAGUCUCCAAGCACAAUCUGAAGUGCUGUUUGAGAUUUCCGAGUCCUUCGUGGAUCGAUGUGAAGGACUUAAAAUCGUGAGUUUCUACGAAACGCAUAAACUUCCCGGAACAAGUAUUGUGGUUGUACCGAAGAAUUCAGCUUUGCUUCUUAGAUCAAACGAGGUUCCUGUCCCUCUGAAUGGGGACCAUCGGUCUUUAUGCAGGUUCUCGAUUACAGGAGAAGACCGUGAAAGGCUAGAGCUAGUUCUAAAUAGUCUCAAAAACAUAACCAAAGAAAUACAUCCUCAAAAUAGGAAGACGGAGCUCUCCCCCGAAGAUAAAACGGCUAUACAAGAGUUGUAUCCUGGGAACUAUGAAUCUUUUAAAGACCUUAAUGCUACUCGAACUCUAGGGACGUGUGAGCGGCUACUGGAGCAUCCUCGAUACCAGGAAUGGAGACACGAGGAUCAAUCCAGCCUUUUAUGGAUAUCGGGUAAUCCAGGCUGUGGCAAAUCCACACUUGCUAGAUUCCUAGCCGAUUAUUUGAAAAGUCUAGAACUCCGAACGCCUGCUCGAGAAACAGUAUGCCAUUUCUUCUUCAAAGAAGGUAUUAGCAACCAACAGAGUGCUGUACUGGCUCUUCGGGCUAUCCUCCACCAAAUCUUCUCCUGCGACGAAGUAUCCGCGAAAUACUUCUUAUCGGAAUACAAAUUGAAAGGUUCCAAGGUUUUAAACGAGUUUGACACUCUAUUUGUGGUACUGGAAAAGGUUGUUAUGGACCCGGGGUCGAAAAGGGUUGUCUGCAUUCUGGACGCUUUGGAUGAAUGCCCACAAUCUGAUGUUGCGAAGUUACUCGAAGCCCUCAGAAGAUCUUACCAAGCACAAGAGAAGGCGCAAGUCAUGCCGCGCUUGAAGGUAGUUAUAUUCAGUCGCCCAGAGAACUUGAUAAAGAAUGUCUUGAAGAGAUACGAACAUUCUAUAAGACUCAGAGGAGAAGAUGAGAUCGCAACUAUAAACCACGACAUAUCCCUGGUGAUACAACAGUGCGUCAAAGACCUACAAGCGGAAGUGGAAAUCCCAUAUGAAAUGUCUAAGGAUUUGUCACAAAAUCUUGAGAGUGGCGCUAACAAUACAUUUCUUUGGGUGACGCUGAUGGUCAAGGUUCUAAGAGAGCACAUCCAAUCUUACGGGGGAAUCUCGAAGAACGACCUACAGAGUCUUCUUCAUGGCUACGAUAUAUUUGCUGUAUACAACCAUAUGUUGAGAAAGAUCAUCCCACGGCCUGAUGCGAACAAAAUGUUACAAAUUGUCAUAGCUGCGAGAAAGGCAUUGACAAUAGAGCAGAUGAGUGUUGCUUUGGCUGUGAAGCAAUCCCAUACCACUCUGGAGGACAUCUCAUCAGAGAUAAAAUAUCCUCAAGAGGACUAUAUCAAAGUCCUCUGUGGCCACUUCGUCUGUUUUGUCGGCCAGGAAAUACACCUAGUUCAUCAGACAGCUAGGGAGUUCCUUCUUGAGCAGGCCAAUGAGGAGAGUGUUCCCAGACAUAUAUGGCAACACACAAUGACUCUGGCCGAGUCCCACAGAACUCUGCUCGAAGUCUGUAUCUUAUAUUUGAUCUGUGGGGAAAGAAGUGGCUGGAACGUACCUAGCUAUCGAACUUUUGAAGACAUGAAACGUGAAAUAUCGUACCAACAACCACUACUGGACUAUGCAGCUAUAAAUUGGUGUUUCCAUUUCAAUAGGUCGAAGGUCACUAUAGGAAUGAACGUAUUGAAGCAGUUCCUCAAAUCUUCCCAUCUACUCCAUGCUGCGACUAGAAAGGUGGCAGGGUAUUAGUAAAGCUACCUACCUAGUUAAUACAAAUCAAGUAUGACGUUUAUAUUGUUAUAUUA